ACUCCGGGCCGUCCCAGCCCCCGGGCCUCAGCUCCGGCCCGGGCAGAGUCGCUGCUUCCGCGUUUGGUUCCUUUUUCCCCGCUGGGAGUGAGAACAAGGCGUCCCCUUCUACUCACGUUUGCCAAAAGCGGGUCCGACGUGUUAGCGGAAAAAAGUGAUGCCACCAAAAAGAAAUGAAAAAUACAAACUUCCUAUUCCAUUUCCAGAAGGCAAGGUUCUGGAUGAUAUGGAAGGCAAUCAGUGGGUACUGGGCAAGAAGAUUGGCUCUGGAGGAUUUGGAUUGAUAUAUUUAGAGACACUGGCCAUUUUUCUCUCUCCAAUGCUUAGUGUGGAGUAAAGGCAGCUUCCCGCAAAUUUAUUUCAAGGAAGAGCAAUCGGAAGCUUCAACGUGUGUGAAAGAGGCGCAUAGAGAACAUAGCUUCCAUUUCAGUGUAAGGAGGAUAGUAGAAGAAAAAGUAGUAAAACCAACAACAACAACAAAAAAAUCCCACACAAGACACUUCAAGAAAAGUGAGAAGAAAACAAAACAAACCUGUAUAGCUAACAGAUAUCAUCCAGACACUUAACACAGUGCCUGGCGUAUUCUAGCUUCUUGAUAAAUAUUUUAGCUAUUUAAAUGAGUAAAGGAAUGAAUGGAUGGAGAGUGAACAAAUGAACGAAUGACGAAGUUUUAGUCUUUUGCAGUACAAAUAAAUAUACACCUUUCCCCACAAAUAAACCAGAGAAAGAUGCAAGACAUGUAGUAAAAGUGGAAUAUCAAGAAAAUGGCCCGUUAUUUUCAGAACUUAAAUUUUAUCAGAGAGUUGCAAAAAAAGACUGUAUCAAAAAGUGGAUAGAACGCAAACAACUUGAUUAUUUAGGAAUUCCUCUGUUUUAUGGAUCUGGUCUGACUGAAUUCAAGGGAAGAAGUUACAGAUUUAUGGUAAUGGAAAGACUAGGAAUAGAUUUACAGAAGAUCUCAGGCCAGAAUGGUACCUUUAAAAAGUCAACUGUCCUGCAAUUAGGUAUCCGAAUGUUGGAUGUACUGGAAUAUAUACAUGAAAAUGAAUAUGUUCAUGGUGAUAUAAAAGCAGCAAAUCUACUUUUGGGUUACAAAAAUCCAGACCAGGUUUAUCUUGCAGAUUAUGGACUUUCCUACAGAUAUUGUCCCAAUGGGAACCACAAACAGUAUCAGGAAAAUCCUAGAAAAGGCCAUAAUGGGACAAUAGAGUUUACCAGCUUGGAUGCCCACAAGGGAGUAGCCUUGUCCAGACGAAGUGACGUUGAGAUCCUCGGCUACUGCAUGCUGCGGUGGUUGUGUGGGAAACUUCCCUGGGAACAGAACCUGAAGGACCCUGUGGCUGUGCAGACUGCUAAAACAAAUCUGUUGGACGAGCUCCCCCAGUCAGUGCUUAAAUGGGCUCCUUCUGGAAGCAGUUGCUGUGAAAUAGCCCAAUUUUUGGUAUGUGCUCAUAGUUUAGCAUAUGAUGAAAAGCCAAACUAUCAAGCCCUCAAGAAAAUUUUGAACCCUCAUGGAAUACCUUUAGGACCACUGGACUUUUCCACAAAAGGACAGAGUAUAAAUGUCCAUACUCCAAACAGUCAAAAAGUUGAUUCACAAAAGGCUGCAACAAAGCAAGUCAACAAGGCACACAAUAGGUUAAUCGAAAAAAAAGUCCACAGUGAGAGAAGCGCUGAGUCCUGUGCAACAUGGAAAGUGCAGAAAGAGGAGAAACUGAUUGGAUUGAUGAACAAUGAAGCAGCUCAGGAAAGCACAAGGAGAAGACAGAAAUAUCAAGAGUCUCAAGAACCUUUGAAUGAAGUAAACAGUUUCCCACAAAAAAUCAGCUAUACACAAUUCCCAAGCUCAUUUUAUGAGCCUCAUCAAGAUUUUACCAGUCCAGAUAUAUUCAAGAAGUCAAGAUCUCCAUCUUGGUAUAAAUACACUUCCACAGUCAGCACGAGGAUCACAGACUUAGAAAGUUCAACUGGACUUUGGCCUACAAUUUCCCAGUUUACUCUUAGUGAAGAGACAAACGCAGAUGUUUAUUAUUAUCGCAUCAUCAUACCUGUCCUUUUGAUGUUAGUAUUUCUUGCUUUAUUUUUUCUCUGAAGAUGAUACCAAAAUUCCUUUUGAUAAUUUUUUAAGUUUCCAGCUCUUCACCGAAAUGUUAUAUUCUUAGUUCAGUGUUUCCUUCCAGACAUUUUUAAGGUAAUUGGCUUUAAAAAGAGAACAUAUUUUAACAAAGUUUGUGGACACUCUAAAAAAUAAAAUUGCUUUGUAUUAGAAAUAGUGUCAUAGAAUAGUGUCAUAGUACAGUUUGGAAAACACUUCUGAAGUUUCAGAUCACCUAGGAAAUCUAGAAAAGGAGUUUAAUGUUUUUGAUCAGAGAAUUUGAAAAACAGAAAUACAGAGAAUGAGUUUCAAAAGUUUUAGAUAAACUGAUAUACUAUAUAGAUCUAUCUUCUAGAACAUAUUACUGAAAGCUAGGCACAUUUUAUGAGAUGUGAUUAACAAUUUGCUUACCUUACUACAAUAUGGACAUUCACCAAAUAUGAUGUUAAAACUCUGUCUACUAGUUAGUAGUCCUCUCAGCCACUGCAAAUUUUAAAAGAUAAAGGAGAAGCGUCAGCAUGAUUACAAAUUACAGAUACUCCAAACGUCAUUCCCUUUGUUUUUAAGUGCAUUAUGUUUUUAUUCCAGAAGACCUAGCUUAAUUUUGUUUUGCAAGAGUAAGGGAUGUAUUUCCUGAGCCAAUAGCAGACUAUUAAGAUGUUGAGUAACAAGGGAAAUCAACAUGGAAUUGAAGGCCUAAACCACUGGUUUAUAACCAGAUUAUGGGCCCCUUUAAGAAUCUGAUAAGAAUUACGCAUUUUCUUUAUCCCCAGAAUAGACAUACAUAAAAAUAAUGCAUACUAACUUCCUGGCAUUCAUAGACUUUCCCUAAAUCCCUUAAUCAGGAAAUUAAUCCAGGAAAUUAACAACUCCUGCUGUUAAAGAUACUAUAGGCUCUUGAAAAUUUCCCUCUUAGUUCUGGUCUUAAUCACUAACAGUGGGUUAAUUUUCAACCCAUUGAUUAUAAGCAUGAGCCAGUGAAUUUUUAAAAAUUAAAUGAAUAUUCAUAAUUACAAAAGAAAUCACGUUCCCUUAGAGUAUUUCUGUAAUUUGACCUGUAUUUCUGUAAUUUCAUGAUUUUAUAUAAGGUAAAUAGAUGCCUCUGCCUAAGUUCUCCAUUGGCAAAGUACAGACGGCACCAACUGCUACCUCUAAUCACAAAAGUAAAGAUGUGAUAUUAAGGAAGACUGAAACCGAAGGCAACAUACAAUUGCAAGGUGUUCUGUAUAUAGUUACACACAGUUUAUCAUGUAUCAACUAGGCCCUAAGGUGAAGCCAAGCACUAAAGACAGGAAUGAAAGUAGACUUCACAUACAGUAAGUAAAGUGGCAUUGCCUGAGUGCUGUGAGACUCAGAUCACAAAAGGCAUUCUUCUCAACAUGAAAAGUAGUAUUAUUGGAUAUAUUCUAUUCUUAAAUGCAGCCUGAAAAGUAAUAGAUACUACAUAGUACUAAUUUCAUUUUCACUGUAUUACUGCCACUUUCAACCACCUCCACCUUGGGUAAAUCUAUGAAGCUUACAUUGUGGUAACAAGGAAUUUAUAGAAAGAUUCCAAUGUACCAUCAAUUUAAUUUGUUAUGUGUCAAUAAGCUAGUCCAUGAAUAUAUUCUGGAUAGAUUUUCUCCCUUCUUGGAUACUUCAGAACAUUUCUCCACUCAUUAGUAACUGUGAUGAAGAAAUGAAGCACAUAAGCAUCUGGAAUAAACUGGUAAAAGGAGUUAAUGGCAAAAGAGAGGAUCACUAUUGACUCAACAGAUUUUAGAUUCUGUGUAUUUCAAACAGGAAUACUUCCUAUGUUGUGUUAGCGGAAAAAAGUCUUGAAAAUAUUUUUAUUUUUUACCUCAUAUAAGCAUAUUUGAUGGAAAGGUUGUCCACACUGGGAAUUAUCACAGACUUGAUCAGGGAUGGUACCGUCAAGUUGAUAAGCAUAACAAAUUCCACAAUCCAUAGUAAAAUCCUUCAAAAGAAAAA